AUGUAAGAGACCCAGUCAAAUAAUAAAUAUAUUACUCUGGAUAUAACCACAUAACAAUUAGAAGGGUCUGAACAAGCACAACAAAGAGAAAGUAGAACAAAAAAGAAGUAAUUAUAAACAUGAUUAAGAUAAAGAUUACAGUUAAAUAAAUAAAGUAAUCUUCAUAAUAUAUUUUUUUGGCAGUAAGAUAAUACCUCCUUUGAAAUACGAUAAUUUCUACAAUAAUAGAUACGGGCAGACUUUACAAUGAAGAUUUUAAUCUGUCUAACGAUGGUACUAAAAUUUACUUUUGUUAUGGUGGUCUUAUGAUUAUAUACAAAUUUGCAGUAUUAGUUAGUGACUGCUGGAUAGUAAAAGAAAUGUUAUUAUCAUUUCGGCAAUUUUGCAUAAUGGGGUGUAAAUAUUUCAGUAAUUAUUAUUUCAAUUGGUUGUUUUAUGUUUCCAUAACUGUUUCUAUAAUACUUCACAUCAAUGUAUUUUGUGGAGGUAAAUAUUUAGAAAGAUAUGAUAUUAGUAUUGAGAUUUAGAUCUCUUGAUACCUGAUUAUUUUAGGACUUUAUAUUCUAUUUUUUGGAUCCUUGGUAACAAAUUUUUGUAUCCUAAUCGCAUAUGAAUUUGGAGUAGGAUUUGUGUAGUAGGCAAAAGGAAUCACCUUUAUCUUUAUUUUGGCUUUGGCUGCUUAUUCAUUUAAGACUAUACACUGAUUAUCAUAUAGAGGUAUAAUGCAUACAUUUUACGUUGGCUCAAUUUGUCUAUUUAUUCAGACAUUGGCAAUUAUGUUAAUUUUAAUUGGAGUAUAUUCAAACUAUGCUCUUUCAAUAUUUUUAUGCACUCUCUUCAUAAUUGGAAAUGGUUCUUUUUGAUUUUGGUAACACAAAUGAUUAUUGA